AUGACGGUGACAAAGUGUGAGCUGGAAGGAAAGCUGGCAUUCGUACCUCCACACAAGGGCGAUUAUAGACUGAGGAGCAAAGGACCACUUUCCGACACGGAGACUCCUUCAGACUCAGCUAUUCCUGUGCAACCACCUCUCCACGCGGACCGCACAGACGAUACACGGUCCGUGCACUCUGAACAUCCGAGCCGAGCAGAGAUGAGUAACCACAGUGACCACGGAGAGGACAGGCAAGAGGACAUGACUGAUGAUCUCUCUGAUGAUGGCAUGGCCGACUUCGUGCCAAGGACUCUGCGAGAGUUUAAUGUCCCGAGAGCUGGAGACGUGAAGGGAGCAAUCAGGCUGCCAAGAAUUGUGGGACAGCAACCGAACUUCAAUCCGGGUGUUGUUAACAUUGUGCAGCAGAACACUUUCCAUGGCUUGGAUCAUGAGGAUCCACAUGCCCAUCUGCAAACUUUUCUUGAGUGCUGUACCACCAUUAAGACCAAUGGGGCAACAGCCGAUUACAUUAGACUUGCUUUGUUUCCUUUCACACUUAGGGAUAAGGCCAAGAAAUGGUUAGGGUCAUUACCAAGAGAUUCUAUUACCAACUGGAGGGAAUUAUCAAAGUUAUUUUUGACUAGGUUUUUCCCUCAUAAAAGAACUGCCAAGGUAAGAACCCAACUAACCAGCUUUAGGCAAAGGUCUGAUGAACCCCUAAAUGAGGCAUGGGAAAGGUUUAGGGAGUUACAGUACUCUUGUCCCCAUCAUGGUAUUCCUGAUUGGUUGUUGAUUCAAACUUUUUAUGAUGGUUUAACUGAAAGCACUCGCACAUCUAUUGAUGCUGUUGCAGGUGGAGCUUUGAUGGAAAGGGAACCUCAUGAAGCUAUGAACCUGAUCGACAACAUGGCUCAGAACCAACAGUGGUCCGGCCGCGACAACACCCGAGUUGGAGGAGGCGGCCGAUUUGAGGUUGAUCAGAUCACUGCUCUAUCAGCCAAGCUGGAUGCUAUGCAGAAGGCUUUUGAUAAGAUGAGUGUGAAGGCAGUCAACCAGCAGCCACAAUCCUGUGUCAUGUGUGGAGUUGAGGGACAUGCUUAUGAGCAAUGUCCACUGGCGCAAGUUGAUGGAGAGAUCGAACAAGUCAACUCUCUCAACAAUGAACCAUCCUAUUUUCCGAAACCUCCUUUCAACCAAUCCUACUCCAAAGACCCGGUUGAGCAACAAAACUGGAGGUGGAAACAGAACAACCCUGCGCCAUUCAACAAUUCCUCCAACCCCUCUUACAACAACUCUUUCAACAACCCCUCGAGCAACAACAACAACCGGAACUUCUACCAGAAUGCUGCAUUUCCCAACUCGAACAACCGAGCACAUCAAUCUGGUCCUCCCAAGCCAUAUAUCGCUCCCGCUGUGAGUGACUUCAUGCAUGAGCAGGGGAAAAUGAACCAGAUGAUCUUCGAGCAAAUGCAAGCAUUGAAUGCUCAACUGGCUGCUCAGAGUAAGAUGAUGGAGCAAAUGGGUCACCAGACCGCCUCAAGCCAACCACAACCUGGUAAGCUUCCCAGCCAACCAGAGGUGAACCCCAGAGGAGAGGCUAAGGCAAUCACGCUGCGAAGCGGGGCCCAUUACCAAGGACCAACCAUGCCAGCAGACCAAACUGCCAAGCACACGGACCGCGCAGAUCUCACACGGACCGUGUCACCACUUGAAGAAGAAAACCCUGACCGUGUCGAAUCGACUCGACCAGCAGUCAGCAUUGAGAACCCUGUGAACACGGACCGUGCCACUGACACGCGGGCCGUGCAGAAAGAACCUGAAAGUCAUAAGAAGAAAGGGGCCGAGAAACCACCACCAUACCGGCCACCUGUACCCUUCCCCCAGAGACUAGCUGAGACCAAAUUGAACGAGCAAUUCGCCAAAUUCAUCGAUGUUCUCAAGCAACUGCACAUCACCAUCCCAUUCACCGAGGCUUUGAUCCAAAUGCCCACCUACGCCAAGUUUCUCAAGGACAUCCUAUCCAACAAGCGAAGCUUGGGGGAGCACGAGACGGUGAAACUGACGGAACAGUGCAGUGCCAUUCUGAGAAGUGAGCUACCACCCAAACUGGAAGACCCUGGUAAGUUUUCUAUUCCUUGCGCUAUAGGGAAAGCCACGAUCAAGAAAGCUCUAUGCGACUUGGGAGCUAGCGUGAGUCUCAUGCCACGCACCAUCUUUGAUCGAAUGGGAGUAGGUGAGCUCAGACCUACGCGAAUGACUCUUCAGCUAGCAGACUCCUCGGUAAGACUACCACUCGGCAUAGUGGAAGACGUGCCAGUUCAGGUUGGUAAAUUCUAUGUACCUGCGGAUUUUGUUGUUAUGGAAAUGGAAGAGGAUAAGGAAGUCCCUAUCAUUCUGGGACGACCUUUUCUGAGAACAGCAGGUGCGAUAAUUGAUGUAUUUAAAGGAACACUGACCUUGAACAUUGGAGAGGAGAAAAUUUGGCCGAGGACUACUUUCUUCAGCAAGUCAAUAGCUCACUAA